AGCGGAAGCGGAAACUCGGCCAUCUCCUCCUUGCUGCUACGUGCAGGCUAGCCCGGGGUCAGUCCCCUCCCCACGCUCCAAUUCGAAUCUUCCUCCUCGCGCCGUCUCGUCACCAAUGUGGCCCACGUUUUGUUUUUUCGUGUGACCGCGUCACACUCGGCCGCACUCCUCAUGCCGGACAUGCCCGCGCCGUUUCGCAGUCCUACUGGCCAACUAGCAUCGGCUAGCUUGCUAGCUAGCUAAUCUCUCCUAGCCGCAAGCUGCAAGUGAGUGAUACCUUUGACCACUCACCGUUCUCAUCUCCCGCCGGCUGUGAUUUUUGCUAUCCGAUGUUGCCCCGGAAAGAAAAAGGACACGGCCGGCUGUGAAUGAGCGGCGUCCCAGACUCAAAGUCCAGCGAGCGUAGCAAGAGGAGAAGCCCGAUUCUGCAUUAUUCUUGAGUAACAGAUCCCUACGCGGCUCGACGGCCCGCCGGUUGCCAUGUCGACCUCAUCGCUACGGCGACAAGUGAAGAACAUUGUCCACAACUAUUCCGAGGCUGAAAUCAAGGUUCGGGAAGCGACGUCCAAUGACCCGUGGGGCCCCAGCAGCUCUCUGAUGUCCGAGAUCGCCGAUCUGACGUACAGUGUCGUGGCCUUCUCGGAAAUCAUGAGCAUGGUGUGGAAGCGCCUCAACGACCACGGCAAGAACUGGAGGCACGUGUACAAGGCCAUGACUCUCAUGGAAUAUCUGAUCAAGACGGGUUCCGAGCGGGUCGCCCAGCAGUGCCGAGAGAACAUUUACGCAGUGCAGACCCUGAAGGAUUUCCAGUACAUCGACAGGGAUGGCAAAGAUCAGGGCGUGAAUGUGCGCGAGAAAGCCAAACAGCUGGUGAUCCUGCUGAAAGAUGAAGAGCGACUAAGAGAGGAGAGGAUCCACGCCCUCAAAACCAAAGAGAAGAUGGCACAGACCUCCAGCGCUUCUUCGGCGCCAUCGGCACCCAACCUGGGGGGCAGCCUGUCGCUGGGCUCCCACUCAGGCGGGGCAGACCCCGAGCAGGCGUGGCCGCAGAGCUCCGGAGAGGAGGACCUCCAGCUCCAGCUGGCUUUGGCCAUGAGUAAAGAAGAAGCUGAGCAGACUAGCAAGGACCCUCUGGAGGACGCCGAGAUGCACUAUGCACUGACACUCAGCAAAGAGAUGCUUCAAGAGGAAGAGCGACUUCGUAGAGGCGACGACUUGCGACUGCAGAUGGCCAUCGAGGAAAGCAAGAGGGAGAAAGCCAAGCCAGAAGAGAACUCUCUCCUGGAGCUGAACGCCGUGGACCCCUGGGGGGCGCCUGCAACUGCCGCCGCCGCUCCCGCCCCCACCGUGGGUUCAGCCGGCCCCUCCCCUCCGCCAAGCCUUCCCAUCGCCACUUCGGGCCCAUGGGGCGCGACCGCCACAGACCCGUGGGGGGUCGCCUCGCCCGCUUCCCCAACCGGCUCCGACCCCUGGGUCGGGGGGCCGCCGCCAACUAUAGCCCCUCCUCCGGACCCCUGGGGAGAGACGUCCAACAGCGUUCACAACGCGGACCCCUGGGCAAGCUCAGCCGUGACACCCCCCAGUGUCGACCCCUGGGGCCCCUCAGUGCCACCCAGCACUUCCUCCUCAGGGGGGCCGGUAGACCCCUGGGCGAAGGACGUGCCUGUCCCUGCCUCUGACCCAAUCACCUCCGACAUCUGGAGUGACUCCGCCAAACACACUAACGGCACAGGAGACCCUGAGCGACGAGGGUCCUCGGCCACAGGCUGCAACAGCACCGGCUCGCCCGAACCUUUUGACCUCACGUCCCUCGGCUCUUCCCUUCCUGUCCGCAAGACUCCCGAGUCCUUCCUCGGGCCCAACGCAUCUCUGGUUGAUCUCGACUCGCUGGUGUCGUCCAAACCCAAGCCCAAACAGCCGCCGCCUCCUUCCAUCUCCUCGUCGUCGGCGCACAACCCCUUCCUCCAGAACACAGGCUCCUCCCCGGUACCCGGCAUGGCCGUGACCCCGGGCAGCACCAUCUCCAGCCGCGGCGUCUCCCCGACCCCGGCCUCGUCCAACCCUUUCGGCGUGGCUCCGCCCAUGAGCUCUAUCUCUCCUCAGCCCUCGUCGCUGGGCCUUAGUGGUCUUCGCGCCAGCCCUGUGCCUCCCAACCCCUUGCUGGGCAUGCAGGUCCCCGCCAUGGGCCUCAUGGGUGCCCCGGGCAUGGGCCUAGGUGUGAUGCAGGCUGGCCCCAUGGGCUACGGCGGGCUGUCCCCAAUGGCGCCGCCCACUUCCGGCAUGAUAGGCCCAGGAGGGAUCGCGCCCCCUCAGCUGAUUUUGGGCGGGCCCGGCAGAGCAGGAGAAAUGAUGGGCGCGGGGGGUGCGGUGGGGGGCGCCGGGACAACGGGAGCCAGCACCAAUCCGUUUCUUCUUUGAGGACGUGUCGGCGCUCGCUCGCUGGAACCUCCUCCGUCGUAACCUGCUGCUCCCUUUUUAUUCAACACGCGCAAAUUUCCACUCGGCUAUACCGAAAAGAAAAUCACAUUUCUGUCCAAAAUGCAUUUCACAGAGGACUCGUUUAUUUCACCACGUUCAUUUCAAGAGGGGUUAUUAUGGGGGUCCGGGGGGAAAGAGAGAUCUAUUUAUUUAGUAGUCUUUAUGGUCCGUGUGAAGCUCAUCUCUAACAUUUGCGCGCUGAGAGAGAAAAAAAAAAGCGGCCAAGGACAAAUAACAAAACAAAAGGUGAAAGAAACUCUGCCUCCUCUUCCUCAACAAACUGAAUCUAUGAGAGGAAAAGCGCGCAUGAAGAAAUUUUUUUUUUUUUCUUCAAACUGCACAUGGACUGAAAAGAAAAACACACAUUUCAGGUACAAUGUGGGUCAAAUCAUUUCAAUUAAUUUAAACCUAAUUUAUUUCAUCCACUUUUUUGGGAACAAUCAAGGAAAAUCAAAUGUGAUCAUGCCAUAUAUAAAUAAAUCCAAUGCUUAUUUUCCUUAUUUCCUAAUUGCUGUGGAAGCUCAAUCGGCUGACUGAUCCGAGACCCGUGUGUGAAGAAAAUGUUGCGUGGGUGCCGGAUGAAGAACUUGUGCAAGUUUGAAAUAUUUCCAAUGCCUUUGUGUGUACGUUUUAAGCCGCCCUUGUUUUCGUUUCAUGUUCUGUCUUCUUUUAGUGAGUCGCUCACAAGUCCUAAUUUGCAUCCAUUUGUUUUGUUUUGAAAGACUAACCUGUAUUACUACUUUGCAUUGUCGGAAUUUCAAAUGAGUUGUUGUUCUUAUCGCCGAUCUGAUUUCAUUUUUUUGAUAGUCCGCAACAUUUCAAUCCCGUUUCUCAAACGUUGCGGUGUUUUUUUUUCUGUUCAAAGACAGACAUUGAGAAAACAAACGAGUGGAGGAGAUGAACAGAGACUUGACAACAUGCUCCAUGCUGUUCUUUUAAUUUACACAUUUUAUAUCGACAAG